AUUACUUCCUGUAAUGUUGCAGACGAUAUAGAGGCAUUUUGUCAAGACACUUUUCUUUUUUUAUAAAAGGAAAUAAAAGUAAACUUUUUGUUUUCCCUUAUUCAACACAUUAUAUUAAUAAAAGUAUUUAUUUUAUUCUUAUUUAAAAAGAAAAUUCUAUUCGAUCGCUAUUGAAUUUAGAACGAACAUCCGGUUUUCGUGCAUUUCUUUUUUAUCGCGCCCUACUUGCGUUUUAACAGAACAUUUAAUUGCGAAGCACGUUGGAAUUUUACAAGGUAAAUAGAGGCAAAAACCAUUUUUAGAGAGUUUUAAUUUAUUUCCGUCAAGUCUUCACAACUAUGAUCGGUUCUGAUAUUUAGUAUAUUAUUCAAUCUAGUUUUCAGGCGAUAUGUCUAUUAAAGUUAAUUAAAUAGAAAGUAUUGUUUCAAAAAUUAUUCUGACUCUGAUUUUUUUUGACGAAAGGUCAGUCUUUUAAUAUUUUUAAUAUGCAAAAUUGGAAUUAAAAUUCAGAUAUAAGCAGCUGUGGGUUAUCGAUUUAGCUGAGGGAAUCGCAAUUGAGAACUAGAAUAAAAAUAUACUUCCUCAUUUAAAAGAUAUAAAAAGAUCGCUAUGUUAGUUUAAAAUACUAACUAUUUGCUCCUUAGGCAUGGAGGAAAUAAGAAAAACAGCUGAAUUUUAUGGACAAGCUCACGUCUUUAAGUAUUGGGAGCAUCUUAGCGACGAUGAAAAAGACAAACUAAAAGAAGACCUUUCAACUAUCGACUUUGCUGCGAUUGGAUUGAAUUUUCAAAAGUGUGUGUCUCAAUUGGAAAAAAUGGGGCAAAAGAUCGACAAUGAAAUUGAACCACCAUCGGAAGAUUGUUUAUUUUCAAAAGCUCUUGGUUCAAGCGAAGAUGUUGAACGAUAUACACAAAUAGAAAUAGGCAAAGAGAGGUUAAGCGAUAAUCGUAUUAUAUUUCUAUACGUUUUAGGUUACAAGGCUAUAUCGGACAACCGGGUGGCACUUCUUCUGUUGGCAGGUGGUCAAGGAACACGCUUAGGCGUUCCUUAUCCGAAAGGAAUGUAUGACAUUGGUCUUCCUUCUAAAAAAACUUUGUACCAAAUUCAAGCUGAAAGAAUAAUCAAAGUACAAAGAAAUGCUAUGAAGCUAAAUAAUAGCAGCCAGUCGCCCGUUAUACCGUGGUAUAUAAUGGUCUCGAAGCAUACUAAAGAUAUGACCGAGAAAUUUUUUGAAGAACACAACUAUUUCGGCCUCGAAAAGGAUAAUGUUUCUUUCUUUGUGCAAAGAUUACUACCGUGUCUAGACUUUGAUGGAAAGAUCAUUAUGGAAUCUAAAUUUAAAGUUGCAAAAGCUCCUGAUGGAAAUGGAGGCCUAUACGCUGCAUUAAACGAUGCUAAUAUUAUUGAAGAUAUGGAAAAACGUGGAAUUCGCCAUAUAUGUAUUCAUGGUGUAGAUAAUAUUCUCGUAAAACUAGCUGAUCCUGCUUUCAUGGGAUAUUGCGAGGAUAGGGGAGCGAGCUGUGGCUCAAAAGUUGUUGAAAAGAAAAAUCCCGAAGAAUCUGUUGGAGUUGUGUGUAAAAUAAACAAUCAGUAUGGAGUUGUCGAAUAUAGUGAAAUAUCUAAGGAGACAUCAGAAAAGAGGAAACCAGAUGGUCGUCUCUUAUACAGUGGCGCCAAUAUCGUAUAUCAUUAUCUCAAUUUCGAAUUUUUGAAGCUUAUUUGCAGAGAUUAUGUAGACGAUUUAGAUCCUCAUGUAGCAAAGAAGAAGAUACCUUUCGUCAAUGAAAAUGGUACAACAGUCAAACCUGAACAAGUCAACGGUAUUAAAAUAGAAAAAUUCGUCUUUGACAUAUUUAAAUAUGCUACCAAUUUUGUUUUGUGGGAAGUUCUUAAGGAAGAUGAAUUUGCACCUUUAAAAAAUGCCGAUGGAGCUAGUUCGGCAACUCCAACUGAAUGUAGGAAAAUGAUGUUGGAUCUAUGCAGACGAUACGUUUUGAACGCUGGUGGUCAAUUCUCCCAAGAUGAUGGAUCUAAUGAUUCUAUUGUAUGUGAAAUUUCACCGUUAUUAUCAUACGAUGGCGAAGACUUGGGUGAUAUUGUUAACAAUGAAACGUUCUAUUCACCUUUAGUAUUAUACGCUAAAGAGGAAAAGGAGAAGAGUUUUCUCAAUAAAAUUUAA